GACUCUCCGCCGCCUUCUUAUUUCCCUUUCACCUCUCUCUCUCCUCUCUUCUCUGCCUCACUCUUUCUCGAUCCUUUCGGUCUUUCCGUUUCCCUCGCUCUUAUUUCUCAGCUUCCCCUUCUCCUUCUCCGCCACCUCCACCUUCUCCUCGCAUAGCAUAGUAUACCGACUUCGCUAUUUCUAAAAACGUAACGCAAUCGUGGCGACGUAUGCGAGGAGCGCGCCAGAGAAACCACGAGCGAGGAGGCGCGACCUACGAACCGCGAGUUGUAUCGAUCGCGAUCGAGUAAAUCGUGCGAGAAAAGUCGAGAAGUGUUACCAGAGUGAUAAAUACAAGGGAUAAAUCUAUGUUAACGUCGCGCGAAACCGAACGUGAAAAGACUGCUGUUAUUUUAGAUCUUGAUCGCAACAUCGUCCGUCUCUUACUCGUUCACGUUUAACGUUUAACGUUCACUCUUUCUUCCGUCUCCCUCUCUUGUGGCAGAUAUCUUUUUUCGUUUUUUUUUCUCUUCUUCUUUCUUCUUCUUCUCUGUCGUACGUUUAAUUAGUAUUUUCGCGUGACCGCCAUAGGAGUAAUCAAGUAAUUGCGAUGUGUGAUAAUACUAACACAACGACGCAAAGUAUAGCGGACUAUCUGUCACAGUUACUAAAAGAUAGAAAGCAGUUAGCUGCUUUCCCUAAUGUCUUCAUACACGUAGAGCGCCUACUAGACGAAGAAAUCGCGAAAGUGCGGGCGAGUCUUUUUCAAAUCAGCGGCGUCAAAAAAGAACCGCUGAUUUUACCGGAACCAGAGGGAAAAAUCAUAACGUUGACAGAGAAAGUUUAUGUGCCCGUUAAGGAACAUCCCGACUUUAAUUUCGUCGGAAGAAUUCUCGGUCCACGCGGAAUGACGGCCAAACAGCUCGAACAAGAAACUGGAUGCAAAAUAAUGGUCAGGGGGAAAGGUUCUAUGAGGGACAAAAAGAAGGAGGAGCAAAAUCGGGGGAAACCAAACUGGGAACAUCUGACGGAUGAACUGCACGUUUUGCUAACGGUUGAAGAUACCGAAAAUCGUGCCACUUUGAAGCUUGCCAGAGCCGUCGAAGAAGUGAAGAAGCUUCUCGUUCCCGCGGAUGGAGAGGACGAACUGAAAAAACGACAGCUAAUGGAACUCGCUAUCAUAAACGGUACCUACCGGGAUUCCAACACUAAAGUUGCUGCGGCUUCGGCUUGCGACGAAGAAUGGAGACGCGUAGCCGCGGCUGCGGCGGAAACGCAGCGGCUUCUUCCGGGCUUGGCAACACCGAUGAGGACACCCAGCGCCCCUCUCGGGGCACCAUUAAUACUCUCGCCCCGGAUAUCUGUCCCGACGACCGCCGCGUCCUUGCUGAACGGUUCGGGUCCCCCGGGAUCCCUUCUUUCCGCCGGUGAUCCUCACGGAUUAAUUUACACGCCGUACGCCGAUUACGCCAACUACGCCGCCCUGGCAGCCUCGCCUCUUCUCACGGAAUACACCACUGCUGAUCAUUCUGGUGCAGCGGCCGCUGCGAAACAACGUAGACACUUGGGUCAGAUUCGCGAGCACCCUUAUCAAAGGGCUGGUGCUUUAUCGUGAAUCCGGAGACCGAUAUCGCGAUACUGUUCGCGCCUCCGCGAAAAGGCUUGGAGUGCUAACAAUGGAAUCCACCCGCCCCGUGCUAACACCUGGACUCUGGAACACAACAUCCGCGUGUUUGAUCUACGAUCUUCGAUCUUCGAUCUACGAUCUGCGAUCGGUUCGCCAACCAGUAACCAGACGAGACAGACCACCUUCGCCACGUUCGCAUCACCAGCCCUGUUCGUCAACGCGUUUAUAUAUCCAUCCUGUAUCCUCUUGGUCAUUUUAUACCGUAUCGUGUGUACAGUAGCGAGCACCGUAGGCUUCCCUAGGGAAAAUAUUUGGGGGAACGAAGACUCACCGAUUUACUUUUCCCUGGUAAAUUUUCGAAUUUGCAAACUUUCGUAUUUGGUUAGGACUUUUCAAAUUUGGAAAUUUGACGAUUUCGAGAUUUAGAAAUACUUGUUUUUAAGGGACUUGAGAUUAAGGGUUUAAGGAUUUGGGGACUCAGGAGUUUGGAAAUUUGAGAAUUAACAGCUGGAAAUUUGGAUCUUUGAAAAUUGAAUGUUUAAGGUUUUGGGAAUUUAGGAAUUUGGGGAAAUUGAAGAAUCUCGGGAAUCUAGUAAAUUUAGGAACCUAGGAACAUUGGGAUCCAGGAAACCUAGAACUCUAGGAACAUAGGAAUCUAGGAAAAGUAGAGACCUGGGGAAUUUAA